AUGGCGCUCCAGCGGCUCCUCUGGGCCGCCCCGAGUCGAAUAUUCCUCAUCACCCUCAUCUUUCCGCUGGCGACAUCAUGCUUCGACGUGAUCCAAUUUAUAGAUCCGCUCAUCGGCAGCACCAAUGGGGGGAAUGUAUUUGCGGGUGCUACCAGGCCAUAUGCCUUAGCAAAGCCCGUGGCGGAUGUAGAUGGCCAAAAUACUGGAGGCUUUUCGACAGACGGGUCGCGCGUCACCGGCUUCUCGGCAACCCACGAUAGCGGCACGGGUGGAAACCCGAGCCUAGGGAACUUCCCCCUAUUCCCGCAGCUCUGCCCUGAGGACGAAGUCAAUAACUGCCGAUUUCUCAUCGGCUCGAGGGCUACGCAUUAUGUGCAGGAGUCCGUGGUCGCCAGUCCUGGCUAUUUUGAGGUCGAGUUAGUCUCCGGAGUGAAGGCCAGGAUGACCUCGAGUGAGCAUGGGGCACUGUACAAGUUCGAAUUCCCUAAUACGGAGGACCAGCACCCGCUAGUACUCCUCGACUUGACGGACCUCUGGAAAAGCCGACAGAAUGCUACCAUCAGCGUGGACCCGAAUACCGGAAGACUCAAGGGAAACGGAACGUUCCUUCCCAGCUUUGGUACCGGGUCAUACGUGAUGCACUUCUGCGUCGAUUUCUUCGGCGGCGAAGUCUGGGACAAUGGCGUGUGGGUUAACAACCGGGGGGGUACAGAGCCCAAGGAACUGUUUGUCACCCGCGGCUUUAACCUCUUUUACCUGGAAGCCGGUGGUUGGGUUAGAUUCAGCGGGCUGGCGAACAACACUUUAACGGCUAGGGUGGGCAUCAGCUUCAUCAGCGCGGACCAGGCCUGCCGGCGGUCGGCUGAAGAAAUUCCCGAACCCCUCGAAGACUUUGAUAGACUCGUGAGCGAGACAGAGGACGAGUGGCGAGAGAAGCUGAGCCCGAUAUCGAUAAACCCCGGAGGCGUCAGCGAAGAUCUCCAGACCAAUUUCUGGAGUGGUCUCUACCGAACCAUGAUAUCGCCCCAGAAUUACACUAAUGAGAAUCCUUAUUGGGACAGUAGCAUCCCCUACUUCGACUCCUUCUAUUGUAUUUGGGAUUCCUUUCGUGUACAGCAUCCGAUCCUCACUAUUUUGGAUCCGAUUGCUCAAACCCAAAUGGUCAACUCGCUGCUCGACAUUUACCAACAUGAGGGCUGGCUACCGGACUGCCACAUGUCGCUAAGUAAAGGCUGGACACAAGGAGGCUCGAACGCCGAUGUCGUUCUUGUCGAUGCCUACGUCAAGAAUCUCACGGGUAUCGACUGGGAGCUCGCACUUCAAGCCAUCGUCCAGGACGCCGAGGUCGAGCCGUUGGAGUGGGCGUACCAUGGUCGCGGCGGCCUAAACAGCUGGAGGGAUCUCUCGUAUAUACCGUACCUCGACUUCGACCCAGUAGGAUUUGGCACAAACUCUCGCAGUAUUUCUAGGACCCUUGAGUAUGCCUACGACGAUUACUGCUUGGCUACGUUGGCGCAGGGGCUGAGACGCGAUGACCUAUACGAGAAGUAUGUCCUAAGAGGCUCUAACUGGCAGAACAUAUGGAAGCCUCAACAGGACUCGAUCAUUAGGGGAAAAGACUCCGGGUUCACCGGUUUCUUUCAGCCAAAAUUCCAGAAUGGGACCUGGGGUUUCCAAGACCCCAUCGCUUGUUCGGCCCUGGCGGGCUUCUGUUCACUAACGAGUAACCCUAGUGAGACGUUUGAGGCUAGCAUUUGGCAAUACCAGUUCCUCAUACCCCAGUCGAUGUCUAUAUUGAUAGGGUUGAUGGGUGGUGAAGAGCGGUUUAUUGAACGCCUCAACUUCUUCCACACUUCUGGCCUCGCCGACAUCUCCAACGAGCCCGUCUUUUCUACGGUAUACCUCUAUCACUAUGCUGGUCGGCCCGGCUUAUCCACACAGCGACUACAUACGUACAUUCCCUCGGCGUUCAAUACUUCACACGGUGGCUUGCCGGGUAACGACGAUUCGGGAUCGAUGGGUGCAUUCGUGGCGUUCGGUAUGAUGGGUCUUUUCCCUAUAGCCGGACAGGACGUGUAUCUUCUCUCGGCACCGUUUUUUGAAGAGAUGAAUGUGACCAGCCCAUCGACCGGGAAGACGGCUCGGAUUAGAGCGGUUGGGUUCGAUGCCGACUACGAGAGCAUCUAUAUCCAAAGCGUGACAGUCAACGGGGAGCCAUGGACCAAGUCUUGGAUCAGCCAUAGUCUGUUCAACGAAGGAUGGACGGUAGAAUUAGUACUUGGGAGUGAAGAAUCCAACUGGGGCACUAAGCUAGAAGAUCGCCCACCAAGCUGGGGAGAGGCUAUGAUAUAA